AUGCCCGACGCAGAGCUCUAUAUUUACGGAGGCGCCUUUGGCCUGCCCUCGAUCGACCCCCAGUGCCUGGCCCUGAUCUCCUACCUCUCCAUCGUCUCCCACCAGGAAUACACCAUCGUCGAAUCAAACGACCCCGGGAUCUCGCCCACCGGAGAAUUGCCGAUGCUGCACGAUGGAAAGAACUGGAUCGCGGGAACUAACCGGAUCAUUGCCUACUUGAGCAAAACUGGAUAUAACUCCAACGAGGAUCUUUCCACAGAGGAUUUGGCAAAGUCUGUUGCUUACUCUUCCCUCGUCGACGAAUCUCUUCAGGACUCUCUCCUGUUCUCAUGGUUCGCGGACGACGACAACUUUUUGGGAACGACUCGUAAGACGUACUCGAACUUGCUCUCGAUUCCUGCGCGUUAUAUUCGGCCCAUGCAGAUGCGCAAGUCUGCCGUUCAGCGUGUCCAAAAGUAUGGCGGAAAGGUCGAGGCAGGAUCCCUCACCCACGCCGAGAACACUCGUAUCUAUGACUUGGCAAGGGACUGCUACCGCGUCUUGGACAGGAAAUUGGGCGAAAACGACUUCCUCUUUGGUGUCAAGCCAACUUCAUUGGACGCAAAGGCGUUUGGAUAUUUGGCGUUGCAACUGUACCCCGAGAUCCCCAACCCCCGGUUCCAAAUGAUCCUGACCAGCCAGUUCCCCCGCCUGGUGGCCUACUGCAACCGCUGCAAGGAGGAGUUCUUUGCCAACCUGCCCGACUCUGCCCUCCCAACCGAGACAUCGCCCUUCUUCACAAACCCCAUCAGCUCACCCAAGGAAUGGUUCAAGAACACCUUCUUGUCCGGAUCAAAUUCUGUCUCUUCCACAACAACGACGGAAAAGCCAAAGAAGACACAGGAGGAGAGGGAUUUUGAUCUGAAGAGGAUCUAUGCAGUGACGUUUGGAUUGGUGGCGAUGGUGGCCUAUGUGAUUAUUAAUGGGAUUGUUGUCAUUGGUACUGAUGAGGGGGAGGAGGAGCAGGAGGAGGGUGGAUAUUUUAUGGCGGGAGGGGAUGAUGUGGAUGAUGAUAUCCAUGUCCCUUCUGACGAUUAG